AAGUCAUUAAGACAUUAUUUGGAAACGAAAGAAUACUGUAGGAAGGUUAACAUCGCAGAUAGACAUUAUCCACGUGACCCUAACACAGAAAGAAUGAAUUUUUGGUGGACAACCUACACAAGAGCUCACAUGCUGCACAAGGCAUGGAGACUAGAUACGUAUACUGGAUUAAUAUUUGCUAUGGUCCUUGCAGCAGUUUUAUCUUUCGUAUUUGAAUUCAUGGACAUUAUAAAGCUAAAAUUUCUUAAAACAUGCUGGCCUGAUCGAAGAUUUCUUCGAGCCUCAAAUUGCAGUCUCUUCUCCGUAAACAUCAGAUUGACAACAACCAUUUUCUACACCCUUCAAUUGAUCAUGACCUACAUUCUAAUGCUGAGUGUUAUGACAAUGAAUGUUUGGAUAUUGCUGACAGUUCUUCUGGGAACAGCUGCAGGAUAUUUCUUCAAACGAAUAUCCAGAAAAAGUCCACCUAAUACUGAAAUCCAAGUAGGAGUUAACUACCCUGGGAUUCAAAUAACUAGGGACACAAUUGUGAGAAACAAACACUGCCAGGCUUUGCUGGAGAAAGAGGAAGGAAAGAUAUUGCAAUCAGAGACAGAUCCGAUGAUGGUUACAGACGAAGGCUGUGUUACACAGCUGACAUUUCAUUAGAACCUUAAAAUUGCCUUGGGUGGCUUUUUGAAAUUUUAAGUGUGUUCUCUGCCUGUUGAUGAAAUUUUGAAUAAGAGUUUGGUUUAGAGUUUUGGUGUUUGGUUUCCAUUUUUGGAUUUAAUCAGAAUAAUACAGUCUCUUU